UUAUAAUUUUAUAUACGACUUUCUACACUUUCCCACCAGACCACCUUGCCUUAACUAGUAAGCACUGCGUUGAUCUCAGACUCCUCGGAAUUACAUCUCUAACAUCCACCUCCUCGAUGUCGAUGGAACCGACUCAAUCGCCGCCGUCGGAGACGGAGGUUCACUCCAGCGAGGACUUCGUUCACGGCGAAGAAGACUCCAAGCCUACCGGCGACAUGUCGUCAAGCGAGAGCAUAGUGAAUGUGGAGAAGGAGGACCUGCUCGACGACGACGCGGUGGUGGAGGAAGCACACGACGACUCCGAUUCCGUGGUUAGCGGCGGCGAUGCACCAGCAGCUGGUGAUGAUGGAGAUGGUGAGUGCUCACCGGAGGUGUUGGAGCUACUGGAGGAGUUGGUGAAAAGCGGUGCGAUGCUGACGUGCGAUUCCACUGCCGAAACCGGAUCUUGCUAUGUGUUGUUGAUCGGUACUUCUCAUGUAUCAGAGGAAUCUUGUCGAGUAGUUAAAGCAGUGAUCAGCUACUUGAAACCUGAGGCUGUCCUCGUGGAGUUGUGCUCAAGCAGAGUAUCUCUCCUUCAACCGCAGACUCUCAAGAUUCCAACCAUGUGGGAAAUGAUUGAAAGUUUGAAGCAGAAACAGAACAUAUUUGGAAUACUUUAUGAGUGGUUUCUUGCAAAGAUUGCCAGUGAGUUUGGGGUUUUUCCUGGUUCUGAGUUUCGUGUGGCCUAUGAAGAGGCUUGUAAGUAUGGGGGAAAGGUGAUGCUUGUUGAUCGUCCCAUACAGAUCACGCUAAAAAGAACAUGGGCCAAGAUGCCUCUGUGGCACAAGGUAAAGUUUGUAUACACCUUGAUGUUUCAAGAUGUCUUUUUGCCAAGCUCUGAAGAACACGGCAAAAGGCCGCAAGAAAUGGAAACUGCCGAUUCGAUGACUCUGUUGAUCGAAGAACUGAGCAAGGAGUUUCCAUCCCUCAUAGAAACACUUGUGUAUGAGCGAGACCGGUACAUGGCAACCGCUUUGCUGGAUAUUGCAAGUGGGUGCAACUUGGUUGUGGCAGUUAUCGGUAAUGGGCAUAUUAAUGGAAUCAAGAAGAAUUGGAAACAACCUGUAUCGAUAGAGGAUCUUAUGGAGAUACCAGGCGAUGGGUCAGUGUUUACAGUGAAGAGGAUAGUAUCAUCAGUGGCGAUUGCAGUAGCAGGAACAGCUAUAUUUACUGGCAUACUUCUUGCAAGAAGAAGAUGAAGUAGACUGUGAUGAGGGCAGAGUUUUUUCUCUUCAUUCUACUGAGUGAGUGAGCCCUACAAAGGAAUGAUACAAACUUUAUACCAUAAUGGUUAUAUUUCCACAUAAUAAUUUCUCUUUUUCUGUCGGCUGAUACAAUGGUUAUGUUUCACAUAAUAACUUCUUUAAUUCUUUUGGAUC